AGAAAAAAACACCUCAACCAUUUGUCAUUCACUCUGACGCAUGUGACUAUGCAUAAUAGGUAUGAUAUUAAGGUGGUUGGGGAACAAGAACCCACUGGUUCUCGUAUCUUCUUUGAGGAGAAGGGCCGUCGCAUAUCACCAUGGCAUGAUAUUCCUCUGUACGCCAAUGAAGCAAAUGGCCUAUUAAAUAUGGUCGUUGAAAUUCCCAAAGGAACAAAUGCGAAGCUGGAGAUUUCCAAAGAGGAAGACUACAACCCCAUCAAACAAGAUACCAACCACGGUGGUCUAAGAUACCUUGCAGAUAUACCGCCCUUCAAAGGAUAUCCCUGCAACUAUGGAGCAUUUCCCCAGACUUACGAAAGUCCCGACAUACUCGACGGUAAAACCGGUGUACAAGGAGAUGACGACCCUCUGGAUGUCUGUGAGAUUGGGAACGAACCCGCUUACCCCGGUGAAGUCAAGACGGUGAAGGUCCUUGGAGCUAUAGCCAUCUUGGACCAAGGGCAAACAGACUGGAAGAUAAUUGCCGUUGAUAUCAACGAUUCCCUCUCAAGCAAGCUUACCGAUAUAUCGGACGUAGAGGUUCAUCUACCAGAGUUCUUGGGAAAGCUCAAAGACUGGUAUUGCUUGUAUAAGAUCCCUGAGGGAAAGCCUCCAAACGAAGUAGCUCUAUGUGGGCAGCUUCAAGAUCGAAGAUCCGCUCUUGAACUCAUAAGCCACUUUCACGGCACAUGGAAAUCAAUGGAGAAGAAGGCUGGUAGUCAAUAACGAUGGAAAUACGACUUCUAUCUACUCACCGCUAUUUCUUCGCUCGAACUUCGUACCUUAACUUAUUCUUCUAAUUUGGGUAUGGACAAGCUUAAUGGCCCCAGUAGCUACCUACAAGCAUAUGACCUUUAGCUCACGAGUAUGUGAAAGUUGAAAUCAUUUUCAGUGUUGGACGUGGAAAAUAAUGG